AGUCAGCUGAAAACUGGGCAUCCCGUCCGCUCUGCCAUACAUAAGCAGUUGAACGGCAGAUUAGUACUACGGUGGGUGACCACGUGGGAAUCCCUGCUGCUGUAUGUUUUGCAUUCCUUUUGUUCCCUCGAGAGCGACUUAAUUGUUUUCUAA